AUCAAAGGUCGCAAUGCAAUUAUUUAAAAAAAUCCAAGUGUCCUUAUUUCAAAGUCAUUAUGGUCAAAAUCGGAGUAAAUGGUUUCGGACGAAUUGGUCGUUUGGUAGUACGUCGUUGUUUCCAAAAACUAAGAGAUGCCCGAUGUGCGGCUUCUGGGGACUCCCCUCAAGUGGUGGCUGUCAAUGAUCCAUAUCUCUCAGCCGACCACAUGGCUAAUUUGCUCAAAUAUGACUCCACACAUGGGCUAUUCCAGGGGGAGAUUAGUGUCAUAGGAAGCAGUCUCAAAGUUGAUGGCCAAAUAAUUGCAAUUACGAAUGAGAAAAACCCCGAAAAGAUCCCUUGGGCGAAAAGCUGCGCCAAAUACGUCGUCGACGCGACUGGACUGUACAAAAGCUACGACAAAGCUUCGGCCCUUAUUCACGACACUGUUGAACGCGUGGUCCUCACUUACCCCUCCAAAGACGACAUCCCCAUGUUUGUCUUCGGUGUCAACCAAGACAACUACUGUAACGAACUCAAAGUCGUCUCUAACGCAUCCUGCACCACUAACUGUCUCGCACCGCUUGUUAAAGUCAUUCAUGAUAAUUUCAAGAUUGAGUGCGGUCUUAUGACCACGAUCCACGCUAUAACCCCCUCACAAAACACUCUCGACGGUCCUGCGAAAAAAAACUACAGAAUUGGGCGAGGGGCUUUGCAGAAUAUAAUCCCCACAAGCACUGGCGCUGCUAAAGCCAUCGCAAAGAUAAUCCCAGACAUGGAGGGGAAAUUAACCGGGAUUGCGGCUCGAGUCCCCGUGGCGGAUGCCUCAAUGGUGGAUCUGACCGUUGUUAUUGACACUCCUGCUGAUUAUGACGUGAUCAAAUGCAAAGUUAAGGAAGCCGCCGAUGGGUAUUUAAACGGCAUUUUGGCUUACACUGACGACCAAAUUGUCUCAUCUGACGUCAUUGGGGACUCUAGGUCUUCGAUUUUUGAUGCAGGGGCUGGUGUUGCCCUUACUAGAAAUUUCAUCAAGUUGAUCGCUUGGUAUGACAACGAGUGGGGCUACGCGUGUCGUGUUGUUGAUUUGUUAAAGUAUAUGUCAUCGAGAGAGUGUAAUAAUUGAAAUAAAUUAGAUUUUUGAAAUAUGA